AUAACAAAACACCUUCCAUUCCUUUGCCCACUUCUCUUCCCAUGGCCACCGCCGCCUUCAUUCCCCCAGUCCCAACCCCUCGCUCUCGCAUCACCACCGCUCGCCACUGCCUCCUGCCCAUCUGCACUGCAGCCACCGGCGCGCCACCUCCAGAUGCCGAGACGGAUGAGGAUGCCCCGCGGAGCGCCCGGAAGGACCGGCGCCGCAUUGUGCGGAUCGCGUGGGAGAAGCUCGUCCGGUGGUCUCGCUCCUGGCGCCGGCGCAACCGCAGCGACGUCCUCGAGACAACGCGGAAGGUGGUGGUUCUCGGAGGCGGCUCGUUCGGGACUGCGAUGGCGGCGCAGGUGGCAGCCAAGAAGCCCGACCUAGAGGUGGCCAUGCUGCUCCGUGACGACCUUGUCUGCCGCUCCAUCAACCACCACCAUGUCAAUUGCAAAUACUUAUCAGAGUACAGGUUGCCAGGAAACAUUGUUGCAACAACUAGUGCUAGUGAUGCUUUAGCAGGAGCUGAUUUCUGUUUCCAUGCUGUCCCUGUUCAGUUCAGUUCAUCCUUUCUUGGGAGUAUUUCAACACAUGUUGAUCCGAAGUUGCCAUUCAUAUCACUUAGCAAAGGGCUGGAACUUAACACCCUUCGUACAAUGUCUCAAAUCAUUCCUCGAGCAUUGGGAAAUCCUCGCCAACCAUUUGUUGUUUUGUCAGGACCUUCUUUUGCGGUAGAACUGAUGGACAGACUGCCAACAGCUAUGGUGGUCGCAUCCAAAGACAAAAAGCUGGCAAGUGCUGUUCAGCAGCUCUUGGCGUCUUCAAAUUUGAGGAUAAGCACAUCAAGUGACGUUACAGGGGUAGAAAUUGCGGGCGCACUUAAGAAUGUUCUUGCAAUAGCAGCAGGUAUAGUAGAAGGUAUGCAUCUGGGAAAUAAUUGUAUGGCUGCCCUUGUUGCUCAAGGCUGUUCUGAAAUUCGGUGGUUGGCGACAAAGAUGGGAGCAAAGCCAACAACCCUUGCUGGUCUAUCUGGCUCGGGUGAUAUCAUGCUUACAUGUUUUGUCAGUCUUUCACGGAAUAGAAACGUGGGAUUGCGUCUUGGUUCAGGCGAAAAACUUGAUGAAAUCUUAAAUUCGAUGAAUCAGGUUGCUGAAGGUGUGUCAACUGCUGGUGCUGUCAUCGCAUUGGCUCAGAAGUACAAUGUAAAACUACCAGUCUUGACAGCAGUAGCUCGGAUAAUUGACAAUGAGUUAACUCCAAAGAAGGCUGUUAUGGAGUUAAUGAAUCUUCCACAGGUGGAGGAAGUCUGACAAGAAUCAGUCCAAAUGAAUCGACCCACUGAACCUGUUGCUCCGCCAGACUCCCUCCACAUAUGUAUCUCCUACAUCGGAUCAUCUAUAUUUUCAAGGGAAGCUCUCCUUCAGUCCAUUGCUUUCAGAGAUAUCAACAGAAUUUUGCACUCAUACGAAGCUGUUAUGCGCUCUGGUGCAUGCUUGUGCACAAGUACAGAGAAAGGAUAUACAUUACAGAUUUACAGGGAAGAAAUUAAAUAGGGACAUUGUAGCAUGUUUCGUUGUAGUUUGCACUGCUUUUAGAAUGAGUUGAUCAAGGGAUGCGGAUCAGUUGUUCUUUUCUUGUGCAUGGCAUGGAUUGGUUGUUCAUAUUCAUGUCAUGACCUGAGUUUUUUCUUUUGAUGAAACUUUGAAAGUAGGCAAAUAUAGUUAAACAAUAACAUUUUGAGGAAAUUGCAUUACCAGUUA